ACAAGACAUGGCCAUUCCUAGGCCUCAACUGUGCAGACGCAGCCAGCUGGUCAGCGGGGCCGGCAGCUCCUCUGGCUCUGCAAGGUCAGGGAGGAAGCCUCCUGGAACGAGCAGGAGGGAAAAAUGGAGACAAACCUGAGAAAACGGAGAGAGGAUGAGAAGUCGAUCCAGAGUAAUGAACCCAAGACCACAGCUCUCCAGAAAGAGUUGGGCCUGCUCAGCAGCAUCUCCAUCAUCGUGGGCACCAUCAUCGGCUCUGGGAUCUUCAUCUCCCCCAAGUCUGUGCUCAGCAAUGCGGAAGCUGUGGGGCCCUGUCUCAUCAUAUGGGCAGCCUGUGGGAUUCUUGCAACACUGGGUGCUCUAUGCUUUGCAGAGCUUGGCACGAUGAUCCCCAAGUCAGGGGGCGAGUACCCUUACCUGAUGGAGGCCUUUGGCCCCAUUCCCGCCUACCUCUUUUCCUGGACCAGCCUGAUAGUCAUGAAGCCUGCAUCCUUUGCCAUCAUCUGCCUCAGCUUUUCCACGUAUGUUUCUGCACCCUUCUACUCAGGCUGCCAACCUCCUGACAUUGUCAUUAAAUGCCUGGCUGCCACUGCCAUCUUGUUCAUCACAACAGUGAAUGCACUGAGCGUGCGGCUAGGCAGCUACCUCCAGAAUGUCUUCACAGCAGCCAAGCUGGUGAUCGUGGCCAUCAUCAUCAUCAGUGGACUCAUCCUCCUGGCUCAAGGAAAUACAAGGAAUUUUGAAAAUUCUUUUGAGAGCACAAAAGUAUCUGUGGGAACUAUCAGUCUGGCAUUUUACAAUGGACUCUGGGCGUACGAUGGAUGGAAUCAACUCAAUUACAUCACAGAAGAACUCAGAAACCCUUACAGAAACCUGCCCCUGGCCAUUGUCAUUGGGAUCUCUCUGGUGACAGUGUGCUACAUCCUCAUGAAUGUUUCCUACUUCACGGUGAUGACCACAACCGAGCUCCUGCAGUCCCAGGCAGUGGCUGUGACAUUUGGGGACCGCGUUCUCUAUCCAGCCUCUUGGGUCGUUCCACUUUUUGUGGCGUUUUCUACCAUCGGUGCUGCUAAUGGGACCUGCUUUACGGCGGGCAGACUCGUUUAUGUUGCAGGCCGGGAAGGCCACAUGCUUAAAGUGCUCUCUUACAUUAGCGUCAAGCGCCUAACUCCAGCCCCUGCCAUCAUCUUUUAUGGUAUCAUAGCAACCAUUUAUAUCAUCCCUGGUGACAUAAACUCAUUAAUCAAUUAUUUCAAUUUUGCCACAUGGGUAUUUUAUGGCCUGACAAUCCUAGGACUCAUUGUGAUGAGGUUUACGAGAAAAGAACUGGAGAGGCCUAUCAAGGUGCCCAUUUUCAUUCCCAUCUUGGUGACUCUCUUAUCCGUGUUUUUGGUUCUGGCCCCAAUCAUCAGUAAACCGGAACUGGAGUAUCUCUACUGUGUGUUAUUUAUGUUGAGCGGCCUUAUAUUUUACUAUCUUUUUGUCUACCACAAGUUUGGAUGGGCUCAGAAAAUCUCAAAGCCUAUUACCAUGCACCUUCAGAUGCUAAUGGAAGUGGUCCCACCAGAGGAAGACCCUGAAGCCAAGUCAAAACUGUGAUGAAUUUAUUUUUAUGACGACAUCAUCUUUUUGGAACCACUUUAUUUGUGGGUGGAAGCUAGAAGGAAAGAAAACAGCUUGUAUAUUCGUCAGCAUUUAUUCACUGAUCAAGGGAAGUCAAUUCUCCAACAGUGAUGGACAUACCUUUUCAGAUGUGGCUGGGUAGUUGUGCUAAUGGAAGUAUCUCCAGUGUUUUCAGAUAAAGUUUCUGUACAAAAAUCAAAUUUUCCUACAGGUUAAUUGUAGGUAACUCCAUAAUGUAUUUACAUAUAUAUUUUUUUGCACCUUAUACAAUUUUUAGAUGAGGAAUUACUCACAAAAGAGUAUAAGUUUCACAGUAACCCAAGUAUCCAGUUGCAAAGAACAAGUAGAAAAAAUUAAAAUGCACAUCACUUAGUGAAACUAUCAUAAUAUUUUAAAAUAAAAACAGGCUUUGACAAAUAUUGAAAUUAAACAAUCAGGAAAUUAAAGUUACUCUUUUGAAGAGGAACUGUAUUACAGUUGCUGGCCACAAGACACAAAUGUUCAGGCUUCUUUGGUGCUGCCAGGACCCCACCAAAGAUGACUUC